AUGACGAUGACCCAAAUUGUCAUUGAGUUCCUCUUCCCUUACUACCUCGUGUGCAACCACGAGUGGUCCUUCCUCGAGGGCAACCGCUCACAUGCCCACACGCUCAAGGCCGGGCGCCACCUAUUCCCCUUCCAGCUCCAGAUCGGCGGCUCACUCCCGUCGUCGAUCGCGACAAGCGCGCUCGGAGGCGCCUCGUGCACUACAACUGCGCGCGACCGCGAAACCUGGCCCGAGAAACUGAUGUACAGCAUCAUGAUCCCGCACAAGGCGUGGGCUGCGGGCGAGAAGGUCACAGCGGUCGUCAAGUUCUCUCCCCUUGUGAAGGGCGCGCGCGUGUUGAAUGUGACGACGACGAUUAACGAGACUAUCAAGCUCUACUCGCGUUCGGGGAUGCAGGAGAGUACGAGGGUCAUCUCGAGCACGCGGCAUGAUAUUUGGAUGGACACGCGGUCACCACCUUCACAUCCUCCGUCGCCUCUACACCAUACUACCGAGCUUGCCCCCCUCACGACCACGACCACGAACUCGUCACAAUCCUCAGGGCAUGGCGCUGCGCUGCGCACGACGCUGUCUGCGCCCACACAACAGUCACCCGCAAGAUGCGGAGCUUAUGGAGCCUCCGUCGACAUUGUCACGACCCUGAACAUCACCGUGCCCAUGCACGCCACACCGAGCCACUCAUUGGAGCCUAUCCAGGUCACGCACCGGAUACGAUGGUCCAUCCUCAUCGGCAACCUCGAUGGCCACACCUCCGAGCUGCGGUCCACCCUACAUACACGACGGAUCCUACUCGGGCCUCAGGACAUUGAGGGCGGCACUGCCCAGGGCACGCACGGCGACGACAACACAGAGGAAGACAUGGACCUGCCGUCGUACUCUUCGCACGUGCGUGACCGCGUCGCGAACGCGUACCUCCCCGACACCGCCGCCCUGCGCGUUGUCAACCCAUGGGUGAUGCAGGGCGUCUCGCCAACAAUCGGGCCGCCACGGUCUGAAGGCUCGUCUGGUCUCCAGAGCCCCGCGGCAUUGAGACAUGGCAGGUCGCGCACUCCGCGAACACGACCAAUCACAGAGCCCACGCCGGACGCGGCGCCGCUCGAGUGGGUCAACACGGAGCUGCUCCUGAGCCUGAGUCGGGAGGCGCCCGAGAUGCCCGUGCCCACCCCACCACAACCCGCCAACCCCUCACCACCAACAGCGCGGACGCCGCCGGAGCCGUCGUCCUCGCCGGGAGGCAGCCGCUCGCACUCGCGCUUCCCGAGCCGGCGACCGAGUCGUGCGAACAGCCGCGCAGCGAGUCCCGAGCGGGGUGUGGCGGCGGUCACGCCGGGCGGGACCGUAAAUCCGGGGGACACGUUCGUACACAACGGGAGCCACGCGUCGCGGAAUAUGCAUUCGCUCUUCAACAUCGCGAUGAAGCCGUUCACGAGCCUAGGGAGCACAUUCUCGCUCAGCUCGCGCAACCCAAGUCACUCGAACCUCCACGGGCACGGGCACGGCAACUCGCCACCGCAUAUGCCUGGCGCGGGCCCAACGGGGAGCGGUGCGUUGAGCGCGAGCGCGAGUUCGAUCAACCUUGCGAGUCUGGCGCAUCAUCCGCAGACGCCGCAGCCGAUGACGACGCCGGAGCAGCUGCACUAUGCGUUCACCGAGGUGCCCGACUAUGACAUGGCGAGUCGGGGGUUCCUCGGGGGCGGCAUCACACCCCUGUCGAGUCUGCAGGGGCUCCCGAGCUAUGACGACGCGGCGCGGGAGCGGAAUCUGAGCCAGACGGAGCGCAGCUUCAGCGACACCGAUUUGGCGGGCAUGUUUGCUGCGGCGCAGCGACAGGGACGGACGGUGGUGCCGAGGGUUAUGCCGAGGACUACUGCGAGCACUCCACCGCCGCCGUCAUGA